UUUCAAUCUUUCUGUGCAGACCUUCCAAUCGCGUGUCUCUCUGACAAAAGAGGCACCACUGCAUGUCAUUAGCAUCGCUAUGAUGCAAUCCGUACUUUGUCAGGGCAUUUUCCUUCACCUCACUUCGCAUUUAUAAGCUGCCUUCUCAUAUAUAACUCCCUAUAUUCGUACAAUCAACUGCUUCAAAUCUACAUAGCCUGAGCAACCUUACUCCAGUGUCUUUGUUAUAUCUGAUUUGUAACCACCCCGCUUCCCAUUCUUCCGUCACAACAUGGUUCAAAACAAAGGUAUCAUCUUCAAGAAGGUCCCAAGUGGAUGGCCGGUCCCAGGGCAAGAUCUUGCGAUCGAAGAUCGACAUUUUGACCUCCAGACAAAUCCUCCAGCUGGUGGCAUCACAGUGAAGAAUUACUAUGCCUCCUUCGACCCGUACCAACGCGGCAGAAUGCGACCCGCCGACGUUAAAUCUUACUCUGCACCCUUCGAACUCGGGAAGCCGAUCACGAACCGCUCUAUCUCGAAGGUCGUAAAGUCAGAUUCGUCGAAGUUCAAGCCAGGAGACCUCGUGAUCUCAUCCGACGUUACUCCAAUCGAAGAAUAUUCGGUCUUGAGCAAGGAGUGGGUAGAGAAGGCACGCAAGCUCGAGAACCCAUAUAAUCUCGACCCCAAGAUCUUCCUUGGGGCGCUAGGUAUGCCGGGUUUAACCGCAUACUCGUCAUUCUAUGAAAUUGGAAAGCCAAAGAAGGGUGAAACGAUCUUCAUUUCUGCAGCCAGCGGCGCUGUCGGUCAAUUGGUUGGGCAAUUAGCGAAACAUGAGGGGUUGAAGGUCAUCGGUAGCGUUGGUGACGACAAGAAACUCGACUUCAUUAUCAAAGAGCUUGGCUUCGAUUCUGGUUUUAACUAUAAGACUGAGAAAGCAGCCGAGGCUCUCCCUAAACUUGCUCCUCAAGGUAUCGACAUUUAUUACGAAAAUGUCGGCGGUGAACAGCUCGAAGCCGCUAUCAACAACAUGAAUCUGUUCGGCAGGAUCAUUGCGUGUGGCAUGGUGUCACAGUACAACCUGAGGCCAGAGGAGCUAUAUCCGUUCCGCAAUCUUAUGCAGAUUGUCGGCAAACGGCUCAAUAUCCAGGGCUUUAUAGUUGGUGAUGCGAACAUGGGUCCGAGGUACGCCAAGGAGCACCAAGAGAAGCUGCAGAAGUGGAUUGCAGAUGGAACGUUCAAAGCUCAGCAAAGCGUCACUGUUGGUAUUGACAACGGCAUUGACGGUUUCUUGGGCAUGCUCAGUGGGAAGAACUUCGGUAAGGCGGUAUUGCAGAUUGCCGAUUUGGAGGCGGAUAAGUGAGACUCACCUAGAAGCCAAAAUGUAAUUGCACAAAUAUGUAUCUGAGGUUCUAGUCACAAUGCGAUCUCGGAUGAGGCUGAAUUUAUUGGCGGCCUUUCUCCAGAAAUAUUCUUAUUUGUCUUGACUUCACUGACUCCUGCGUCUUGUUUUACAUGAAUUUUCUUCGGAUUUCAUAUUUGAGUAACCUCGCUUCAAUACGUAUGUUUCCUGCUCAGUAAUUCGCCGCCCAAACAGGAGAUCGGUGCAAAGGCGUCAAUCAGUUUAAAAGAAAUUCAAUCCUAACGAGUAGAAUGUUAAAAUAAAAGCUAUCAGAG